AUGGCCUUGCUGCAUGCCCAGAGGCAGCAAAUGCCCAACAGCAGCUCCAUCACCCAGUUCCUCCUCCUGGCAUUUGCAGAUAUGUGGGCGCUGCAACCACUGCACUUCUGCCUUUUCCUGGGCAUUUACCUGGCUGCCCUCCUGGGCAACAGCCUCAUCAUCACAGCCAUAGCCUGCAAUGACCGCCUCCAUACACCCAUGUACUUCUUCCACCUCAACCUCGCUCUCCUUGACCUGGGCUCCAAACCUCUACACGCCAUCUGCAAACCCCUGCACUACGGGACCCUCCUGGGCAGCAGUGCUUGUGCCAAAAUGGCAGCAGCUGCCUGGGGCAGUAGUUUUCUCAGUGCUGUGCUUCACGCUGCCAGUACAUGUUUACUACCUCUCUGCCAAGGCAAUGCUGUGGACCAGUUCUGUGAAAUCCUCCAGAUCCUCAAGGUCUUCUGCUCAGACUCCUACCUCAGGGAAGUUGGGCUUCUUGUGGUUAGUGUCUUUUUAGUAUUUGGGUGUUUUGAUUUCAUCAUGCUGUCCUACCUGCAGGUCUUCAGGGCUGCGCUGAGGAUCCCCUCUGAGCAGGGACAGCACAAAGCCUUUUCCACGUGCCUUCCUUACCUGGCCAUGGUCUCCUUCUUGAUCAGCACUGCCAUGUUCACCUGCUUGAAGCCCCCUUCCAUCUCCUUCCCAUCCCUGGAUCUGGUGGUGGCAGUUCUGUAUGCAGUGGUACCUCCAGCAGUGAACCCCCUCAUCCACAGCAUGAGGAACAAGGAGCUCAAGCAUGCCAUUAGAAAAAUUAUUUCAUGGAUGUUUCUAAGUCAUUAUGAACUUCCCAGCACUCUCUAUAAAUGA